ACCAAUGAAAAGCGACUUUGCGAGGUGUUAGGUUGAAGUGCGGUUAAGGGCUAACUUUAAGGGUUUCAGGAAUGCUAUUGUAGUACACUAAGAUACUUGCAUAUUAACAAAUGGAAAACCCUUGAACAGAGGAAGUGAAAAGGUACAGCAGAAAGAGACAUUCAAGCAUGUUUAGACGCUUGCUGCAAUGGAAAACCACAAAAUGACAGCUCGGGAGCUGUGUGAAAUAGAUGACUUGGCCACCAGCCUUGUCCUGGACCCAUACCUGGGAUUCAGCACCCACAAGAUGAAUAUAAGCCCUCAGCCUGUUAUUCGAAGACAUCAAUACCUGCGGGGUGUUCUACAGCGUUUUAAGAGAACAGGAGAUUUUGAAGCUACAUUUAAGGCUUUAACUAUGGGUGACUGGGCCCGGCAGUACUUCCAGAGUCGACCUGCCCACUACAAAGCUCUUCUGAAAGAUCAUGUCUUUCGGUACCUCAGUGCUUUCUUGCCGCAAAGUGGAUUCCAAAUUCAGGCAUGCAACCGCUACUCCUCUGAGACCAAUGGUGCCAAAAUUGUUGCCACAAAACAGUGGAAUAUUAAUGACAGAUUGAAGCUGCUGUUGGGGUGCAUUGCAGAGCUGGGUGAUGCAGAAGUCAGUCUCCUGCGUUCAGGGGUUAAUGAUUUCAGUGUGAUGUAUUCAACACGCAAGCGAUGUGCCCAGCUGUGGCUUGGGCCGGCAGCAUUCAUUAAUCAUGACUGCAGGCCCAAUUGUAAGUUUGUUCCAGGGGACAGAAAUGCGGCUUGUGUGAAAGUGAUCAGGGAUAUUAAUCCUGGAGAUGAGAUAACCUGUUACUAUGGUGACAGCUUUUUCGGGGAGAACAAUGAACAAUGUGAAUGCUGCACCUGUGAGAGGAGAGCUGAAGGAGCUUUCAAAAAAAAGGAUGGAGAAGAUCAUGUACCUACCUCUACUCUGAACCAAAAAUACUGUUUAAGAGAGACAGAUACACGGCUGAGCAGAGAGAGGGGAAACAUAUUGAUCAAGAUACCUUCAGCAAAAAUUAGAGAUGUAACAUUGCUUCCAAAGGAUAGCAUUCGUUAUCAGAUUCAUCGCAGUGAAUCAUCAAUUUUGGAUCGAUCUUCUGCGAGUGAUGGACUUGGAGUAUUUGAAAAUGAAAAUCAAAAUGAGAAAAUUACUAGAGCAACUACAGCAGAAAACACUAGACUUGUACGGACAUUUGAAAAAGUGACUUCAGAAUCAACCUCAAUGCAAAACAAUGCCAUUUAUAAGUUACAUUCAUAUCGGUCAGUUGGAGACUUCAAACUAAAAGAUCUAAAGGUUUGUCUGGAGAGGUGCCCUCAUCUUGAAAAUCUGCAAAGACCCGAACUAAACCUCUCUAGUAACAGUAAGACCAAAGCCCCCAAAACAGUCACAAUGACAUCCUUGGUUAGCUCUAGUGUUUCUUGCCAGCCUUACAGAAAGGACUCGUCUUUUUGCUUUUCCCCUCCUCCUCCACUUGCUCUUGCACUUCCAGAAAGCAGAAAAAGAAGAAGAGUGCCACAACUGUCAAGUCAUUCUUUUUAUGAAGUGUCCAAAUCAUUUCAAGUCAAAGAACUGCAGACGUCCAAGCUAACUGGGUCCCACACAUUAAAGGAUUCCUCUUCUGGUCCAGUUUUAUUCAGCCAAAGAUGUCAAUCUGAAAUAAAAGAAAAGAGCUCAAAAAUGUCACUUUUAUUAGAAAAAUGUACUUCUUCAAAAGGAAAAGAAUCUUCCGAGAUCCAGAGUACUGAUCUUGCAAGUUCAAUUAAUACGGGGGAACCUCUGACCAGUUUUCAAUCAGUUUUCAAAACAAAUAAUGGAACACCAACUUUUCACGAACCGCCUGGAAAUAAUUGCAUUUUUCCAACAAUGUCUCUGAGGAAAAAAUCUCCAUCUCCUUUUGGUAAACACCUUGCUUCGUCUAGUAACCCAGAGUUAGGUAACAUGAUUCACAUUGGCAAACCAUGGCUUUCAAAUCAGUCAGUCGCUACCAAGUAUGGUUUGACACGUUACUUAACAGUUGAUCUGCACAGGGUCUCGGUCUCAACCAGUACUGGUGAUCAUAAAAACACCUCGAGAAUGAGAAGAAAAUGCACAUCAAUGCAAAAUGGAAGAAGACAGUUAACUAAAGCUUUACCGUGUGGUUUGCAACAAAAUGGGGUACAAAAUAGACAGGAAACUCAUUCUCCAAGAAACGUUAGAGUUGCUGAUCACAAAGCGGUCAAAAGAUAUUUUGGAAAAUUAGAAUGUAAUCAAAAUAAACACGGAGAGCCUGUUUCUCAAUCCUCAAGACCAGUUAGAGUGCUAAGAAAAGAAGGUAUGGAAAGCAGAACUGCUACAAAGGAAAGAAAACAUUUGGAACCAUUUAUUAGAUGCAAUGAAAUAUCUAAGGGCUGCUUGGUGGUUCUAGAAGACUGUAAAGCAGCAAGUGAUAAACUGUUUAGAAGGGAAGUGAAUCGUCCAAAAUGUGUUAACAGUAAUUAUUCCACCGUAAGGUCUAAUAAACACAGAUACAAAUUACAACAGAAAAAUAAAAACACCUUCCAAAGCAAAAGGCAGACUUGUCAGAUUCUUGCCACAAAUACAGAGAUAAAUAUUCGUGAGGUCAAAAUUGUUCUGCAAGAUCUGUUUCUAAAGAAAAUCCAUUCUGAAAGUAAAGAAAACACAUUAAGUAAAUUGAAAAAUGAGGUGCUAAGUUGUCAGUGUAAGCAGCAGAACAAUAUGUGUUCUGAGUUUAAUCUCUCUGAAGGUGUAGAGGAGAAAGUGAGAAAGACUAGUUCAAUGCAUGGAAGAAAACAAGCAAGAAGGAAAAAAUCUAGUUUCUCCCACAAAAGAAAGCAUACUGGUACACCUAAGCAGAAUCCUCUGAAGCUAAACUUUGGCAGGUCAGUUAUUGAAUCUCCAAGAGAAAAUUCUCAUUUGUUUUCUGAUAGGGAAGAUGACAAUAGAAAUCCAGGAGCAAAUGUUGAGGCUGAAGCCAGGACUGACUUGUGGACUUCAGAAAGAAGGCCUGGCAUAGGCAAUCGGAACAACUUGGAACAUUUUAGAAUUCGAUUAAGAAGGAGCAGCAUUACAGAAACAAGAAACACGGCAAGUGAAAGCAAUUCUUGUUCUGAAACAUUACACACAGUUUUCUGGAGGAAUGAGCAGAAAGAUGAUCUUGAUCCAGCUGAAAAUGUAGAUUUUGAUUAUUCAAAAACAGAAAUGGUUGAAAAGGAAGACAUGGAGACAGGCAGCGCACAUAUAGAGCAGACAUUGUUAGAAAGUCUCGAAGAACACCAAGUACCUGAAAGUGACAAUGCAACUAUUGAACACUUUAGAAUUCGAUUGAGAAGAAAUGCCACACAAGAAUUAGACCUGUGGAGCUCAGAAACCAAUAUAUAUUCAGUGAAAGAUUAUGUUUCUUCUUCAGAAAACAAAAUUGCACAAGGGAAAAAUGGAAACUUGGAAACUGACCUGGAAGGUUGGCCAGUUCUAGAACAAGAUAGGGAGUUCUCAAACCCAGAAAAUUUAAAAAUAAAACUAAGGAGGAGAGGAAGUAAGUGGGAAAAUUUGACCAAGAUAGAGCAGAGUUCAGAAGAAAUUAUAUUUUUAGAAGAUGAGUGCAAUGGUAGCAUACUUGAAUACUCAGAAGUAAGAGGAAUGAACAAUGAAGAAGCAGAUAAUGUCAUUGAAGUGUCUACAUCUCCAAGUUCUGAAGUUGCAUUUUUAGUAGGAAGUGUGAACUGUGAAGAUGUUUCUAAGAUAAAAAUAAUAGAUUCAGAAUGGGAUGAUCAUCGGUUGUCCUUUGCAGAAUCUGAUAAUAUGGUUUGCAGUUUGGAAUAUGGAGAAGUAAAAAGCAAUAGCGACAUUGAAGGAGUGAGGAAAAAUAAAAGACAAGGAAAAGAUGAGAAUAAUGAACGUCAUUUAAAAACAAACUUUGAAAGUUGUGCUACUUUAGAAUAUGAUACCUUUUCUGAUUGUUCUAGAGUAAUGUGUCAAAACACAGGGACAGAAUGGGAAAAUGCAACAGAAGAUGUCUGUUUGACACUACCUAAUUCAGGUAACACUUUGCUGUUAGAAAGUCAUGGCUACAGACAUUUUUCAGAAGUGUCUGGCAUCCGUGGAGAUAAUAGUACUACUUUGGACAGGACAGAUAUAAAUACAAUGUUAGCUACAGAGCAGUUAGGAGAAGUUACUUUUUUUGAUGACCAAAACAUUGAUGUAGAUGUUCAGAUAAAACCGGGAAAACUAGCAACAAGAGAUGGAACAUGCAGCAUAAAGGAUAGAAAACGGCUCAUGGGAAAGCUGCAGAAGUUUUGCUUUUCCAAGUCUGGACUGGCUGUACAAAGCACUAAAAAUAAAAAGAGGAAAAGAAAUAGACAGAAGAAAGAACCAGAAAAUUUGGGGAGAGUUCUCGCUCAAGUGGACAUUGCUGAAGAUGAUAGUUGGACAUUCUCGGAGAGUGCCCCAUCUGUUUCAGGGAUUUCAAAACUGAAAGUUGAAGAUGAUGACAAUCAUGUCCAGAGGAAUGAUAGAGGAUCAGACUGUGAUCCUAAACAACCUGGGGUGGCUUGUUUCAGUCCUUUCCGUCCAUCAAAACGUUUCCGCCUGGUUGUGGCUCAUGGUUCAAUUGACCUAGACCUUGCGUCUUCUAGUAGUGAGUAAAUGUCUUUGCAGAUGACCUAAAUGGUCAUUCAUUGUAGUGAAUGAAGAUCUUUUUAUUAAAGAAAUUUUAUGAUGCUGCUUCAAAGGUUAUUUACUUUUUUUAAUUUGAAUUGAAAUCCAGAGUUGGAAAAAAUGUUUAGUCUACACAUUGUGUGUAGUUCUUUUAUUUUGAUAUGCUUUAGACUGUUAAAAGGACAAUAUUUAUGAUGAAAGAAAAAGAUGACUGUAUUCUGACACAGUAGAUCUUUUUAAUUUCAAGCAUUUCUGCACAAAUUCUUAUUUGUCUAAAGUAUCUCUAUUUUUAAGAAUAAUUUGCAGUUGCGUUGAUAGUACUUGCUGCUGUUCCAGAUUUUUUCAUGUUCUUGUUACAGUUAAUACCAAACAAUUCCGUAAUGCUGGAAAAGUAUCUAAAACAUGUUUUUUCUUAGGAAAGCCAUACAUUAAGUAUAUUAGUCUAAUGGAAAAGAGGUUUUUAAUUUAACUUUUAAGGUGAUAAAACCAACAAUUAAAUAAAUUUCAGAAUUUUCCAUUGAUAUAACCUUUGUGUCUGCCCUCAACAGCAUAGUCAGGAUAUAAUUUCUUUGCAUCUGUGGAUUUUUUUCUUUUCUUUGAGGAGUCCAUUAAUAUGAAUUAAGUACCAUAGUUACUCUGGCCCUUCUAGAAUUUUUAAGUGAUCCGUGUUUUAUUUAAAUAAUAAUUAAUGUAUGUUUUCCUUUAAUAAUUAGUCAUACCACAAAGCAGCCUGAUGUAGGAAAAAGUCGUCAGGCUUCAUACAAAUCAGUACAUGACUUGGACAGUACUGUGUACACCUAAAUGGGCUGAAUGAUCUCUCAUCAAAAUUUCACAUUUCUAUAUUUGGAUCUCACUUCAUAGCAUGCUUAAUGUAUCAAUCUAAAAGAGAUACACAAAGGUACUUUAUACAAACAGUUAGUUAAACACUAGGUGACCUUCUAGGAAGCUGCCCAACAACUGAUUGUUCUGUAGCUUUCAAGACUAGAGGCAAAAUUUGGUAUAAACUAAAUAGAGGCAGCAGUCUGGUUAUUAUUUGCAAUUUUUAUUUCACUUAGCUUAAUUUUUGCAAUGCAUCUCUCUUUUAAAUCCCCUUUUUCUUAUUUUAUUGUUACUAUUCAUUCUCAUUGCAUUAGAAAUACUGUUUGCAGCUGGUUCAUCACAUUGCCCUACCUAUCAACACUGUAACUAUCAAUGAUUGCAAAAAUAACAUAUUAGCAAUCCUCUUUAUACUCUGCGCGCCCGCGAGUGUAUGUAUAUAUGUGUAAAGAGUGAGAGAGAAGGAGUGUGUGUGUCGAUACAUGUCUGUAUGUUUAUAUAUAUAUAUAUAUAUAUAUAUAUGUCUGUGUUUAUAACUUGUAAAAUAUGUAUGUGUGUUUUUUGUGAAAUAACAGUUAAGCGUGUAUAUACUGUAAUUAUCAGACUUUUGUUUGAAUUAUAAGCAGCCUUUAAAUAGGUCAUAAUUAUGUUAAACCUUGAUUAAUUUGUAAAAUUUACCCAAUGAUACAAUAAAUGCUAUAGAUCACAGUUACCUAUUGUUUCAAGUAAGUUUGUACAAAUUAUAAUGUCAGGUAAGCUAAUGAAAACAUUCAUCCACAUACUGUGGUGUCAUAUUGUUUAGAUCAUUUUAUUGGACUUAUUUAGAUAAACUUUUCUUUUUUGGGUCAUUGCCGUUUGCGUAAAGUGUACUCAAUUAUAGUAAAAUAUGAAAAUGUGUUGCAUAUUAAUGGCAGUAGAAUGUAGAUCAUUUAUAUAAACAUCUUUCUCUUUUUU